AUGAAGUUUCUGAAUCUGAAGUCAGAUCUGAAAUCCAAUUCGGGGUUCAAGAGAAAUAAGCCAAAAACCGACUGUAGUUUUGCUUGCUCUGUACUGACCAGUUGCACACUGACUACUGGCCUACUUGUGCGGCACAUGACUGCCAUUCCCGGUGCCCCUCAGUAUACGGGACAGGCGUAUGAGUGUCUCAACAAAUUGGAUCCGGAUAUAAAUGAAUGCCUGACCAAGUCGUAUGAGUAUUGGCAUGAGCCAGAUCAGUCUAUUUCAAUGUCCGAUGACUGUUGCGCUAAAUGGGAUUAUAUUGAAUGUAGUGUUAAUUUUCUAGGUGCUGUUAACAAGUCUGAACACAAAUGCAACGAAAGCGAGUCAAACCAAUUGCGGCAAUGGUUUCACAAAUUGGAGAUAUUUUUCGCAAACAACUCGUGCAGUCAGUACCCAAAGGACAGUACGUUUUGUCUCAUACCGACCCUUCACAACAUACUAAUUACCGCCGAUAAACCCCCUGCACUUAACCCUGGUGAUAAUACUUGCGUACAGAAUAUUCAGCAACAUGAUCGACUAUACUGCGCUCAGCUAGCUGAACUAGCAUGGAAUAUUACCAAGUACAAUAUUAGUAAUAUGAGUCAGCAAUUACAGUUCAUUAAGUAG